UAAUAACUUGAACUUUCCAUCAUGUCAACUGUACUUGCGACCCAAGUUCGCAAACACACAUCAAAGCCAACGCGUGCAGCAGGCAGAUAUUGGAAGGGUAAAGCACCGAAAGGAGCUGCUGAAUUUCCAUCCGACUCAGAUGAAGACGAAGAGGAGCAGCUCGAGGUUCAGGAAGAAGGAGAUGUGCUCAUUGGUGGGGAGCAAGACAUUGUCAAGGAGGAUGAGGAUGAGGAAACGACGCUGCCAGUGAAGAUGGAACAGGGUAGAGUGGUGAAGACGAUGAAUCUCACUCUAAAGGAUGUCAAUAUCUCGAAGGACGGCAAGGUUAUUGUCGCGGGACGAGAAGAGUCUGGACGGACCAAACUGGAGGAGGAUGUCGUGUCGGAAGAGGAGGAGUCGGACGAAGCACCAGAUGAAGAAGAGGAUGAAGAGGAUGAGAGCGAGUCUAGCGAAUCUGAGGAAGAAACCUCGAAACCAUUAUAUCGACCUGUCUUUGUUCCGAAACGAGGUCGGGAGACGAUUGCUGAGCGUGAUGCAAUAGCUCUAGAAGCAGAGGAAGCAGAGAAGCGGAAACAGGAAAUUGCUGAAGAACGGAAGAAGCAGAGUCAUGACCUUGUCGCAGAAAGUAUACGACGAGAACUAUUGGAAAAGGAGAAGGAAGAGGUAAUACCUGAUGUUGAUGAUACGGACGGCGUUGAUCCCACUGGGGAAUUUGAGGCGUGGCGGUUGCGAGAGCUUGGACGGAUCAAGAAGGAAAAGGAGGAAGAACUUAGACGUGAAGAGGAAAGGGAAGAGAUUGAGCGGAGACGUGCCCUUCCAGAAGAACAACGCUUGAAAGAAGAUCUUGAACGGGCUAACAAGUUACGAGAAGAGAAGCCUAAAGGCCAGCAGAAGUUCCUCCAGAAGUACUGGCAUAAGGGUGCUUUCCACCAGGAUGAGGAAAUCCUCAAACGACAUGAUUACACAGAAGCAACUGAGUCUACGGUAGAUGUCUCGAUGUUACCCGAAGUCAUGCGAGUCAAGAACUUUGGUAAACGCAGUAGAACCAAGUACACCCACCUUGUGGAUCAGGACACGACGCAGGGGACCGGAGUGAAAACAGGAGGUCGAUCCACGGAAGGGGGCGGUUGUUUCUUAUGUGGCGGUCCGCAUCUCAAGAAGGACUGUCCUCAAAAUGAUCAAUUUCCUCCAGGAGCCCGCAGUUCCUUGGCGUCUGGCGCUAACGCGGCCACUAGCAUAUCACGCGCAUGGGGCGAGCAAUCAUCAUGGCGAGACCGGCCCGACGAUAGAGUUGAUCGUCGCCGCUCAAAGGAGGGAAGGCCGAGCCGGGGGGACUUCUCCAGCGACGAUAGAUCGCGAGAGAAGAAUCACGAUUACCGCAAUUCUGGAACUGGGCGUCGAAGAUCACGGUCAAGGUCACCUUAUCGUACUCGUUUAGACCAUGAUAACAGACGGAGAGCACCGGAUAGAAACCAUGAUGGUUUUAGGCAGAAAAAACGGCGGCUGGACUAAGCGCACUUCUUUUUCUACCUGAUAGCUUCGACCUGGUUAUAUAUCGAGUGGUUGGUAGGAAAGGGUUCCACAGGAUUUCACGUGAUGGACAUGCUGUGAUUUAUUAAUAUCCCUGAUCAGGGACUUGGACUCACAGCAAAGUACUAGUACUUAUAUACUAGUACUGCCGAUGGCCAGCUGAUAGUAAUCAUCUUUUCCCAAUCAU